AGCCAUAUCAUCACGCCACCAGUCCAGCAGCCUAUUCCACUGUAACAGUCACAAGCAUAGCAUAUCACCAUAAGCGCCGUAGUAACCAGUAUAGAUCCACUCAAUAACCUACAGCUUCCGCCUAACCUACCAUCAUAUCCUCCCCUCACCCCCGGCAAGCCGUCGGCGAACCUUCAGCUGUACAUACUUCUCCUGGUUCCUUGUCGAUUGACCUUCAGGAAAGCUCUUCCAUUUUUGGAGCAGGAGCAGACUCAGAGAAACCCACGAGCUACCAGAUUAUUGCCGCCAAUACGAUUACUGGUACCUCAUCUGAAUCCCGUGCGGCACAGAGUGAGCUUACAUUGAUCAAAGGCACCGUUCGACCUCGCUCGCCGUCUGCAGACGAGGAGUCCACCCCCCUGAAACAGCGAAUAAGGCAGUCGGCGGCAUCCUCGUCCCUGUCCACGCCUGCCUCCGACCUAGAUUUAACGGCCAACAGGAAGCACAUGUUUUGCAAUAUGGGCCAGCCUAUUCACGAUGAUGGACCAUCUACGUCUACGCAUGUAGGGGGAAACAUAUCUAAUGGUCACUCUACUGUCCAGCCUGGCUCAUUACCGCCUUCCAUCCUUUCCUCUAUCAUUCCCGUACGACCUCCUGGAACCUUGAUGUAUGAAGACGAUCAAGACUGGGCGUCUGUUCAAGAGAAGUUGAAGGAGCAAGGAGACGUCGAAGGACGAAUGGAAGUAGAUGGGGAUAUUGAUGGCAAAGGCAAGGGGACAUCUCUGGUGAUCGGUCGACCCGGUGCUGGAGGUGGAAAAAGAAUGCCUGUUGAGAGAGAAGAAGUUGUGAGGCUGGUCCUGCAAGGAUUACGGGAUAUCGGAUAUCACCAAUCAGCAGACGUGCUAGAAGCAGAAUCAGGCUAUCAACUGUGCGCUGGUGCAGCGACAGACUUCCAAAACGCCAUCCUUGGAGGUCGUUGGUCCGAAGCCUUAGGUCUCCUUCCGGAACUUGGUAUACCAGUCUCCAACUCUCCUGCUGAAGCGGGUCCAAGUUCGGAAUCUAGUAGCGUAACCUCUGAUAAAGCUGGUAAUGGUGUAAUGAGCGGUAGCUCCCCUGGGGACCAAGCUCGUUUCCUUAUUUCUCAGCAAAAGUACCUGGAGUAUCUCGAAGUGGGACAACAAAAGAAGGCUUUGAAUGUGUUACGAGGAGAGCUGGCCAGAGUGGCCAAGGAUCAAGACGUUCUCCAUACUUUGUCUGGCUUCAUGAUGUGUCUAGACAAGGAGGAUCUGUAUGAAAGAGCUGGAUGGGACGGAUCACGAGGAAUAUCUCGAAGACAACUUCUGGAGCACCUUCAAGAGUUCAUAUCUCCUAGAUUGAUGGUCCCCUCCCGUCGUCUUGCCACCCUUUUCGAUCAAGCACGUCAACAACAGCAAUCCACAGCACUCUACCUUGAUCAUCCCGAAGCCAACUCCCUCUACUCAGAUUACCGCAACAAACCCGAUCAAUUCCCUUCAGUAACCACCCACGUAUUGGUCGAUCAUACUGACGAGGUGUGGAGAAUUGAGUGGAGUCCCGAUGGAACUAGACUGGCGAGCGCUGGUAAAGACCGCAUUGUCGUCAUCUGGAACGUUGAACCGACAACGAGAGAAGACGGAUCUGUGAGGUACAAUGUUACUCCUUCGCACCAUUUCUCGGACCAUAAUGAUCCCAUCGACUCCAUGGCUUGGUCUCCAGAUGGGAAGCUGUUGAUCACUGGCGCCGAUAAAAAUGUCCACAUAUGGGAUACAGAGAAGGGGAUACAGAUUCCCAAGCAAACGCCUGGGUGGCAACAUACUGACACGAUCAGCUCCAUCCAAUGGACCUCUGAUGGCUCAGAAUUUUUGGUCACAUCCAUGGACUGCCGAAUUGUUUUUUACAACCGCGCCGGCAAGCUCCUUCGACAAUGGUCCACCUUCCCUCUCCAGUUCAAUGAUUGCUGCCUCGUCCCUGAUGGAUCCAUUCUCAUCGCGAUUACUACCCCUCUCAAGCGCGUCGCGCACAAUGACAGGCUUAAACAGGCAAUGUCAGGACGACCGGUCGAUAGUAAUUCUUCUGGACUUGGGUCUGGUGCGGCGGGAAGUGGCAAUGUAGCGGCAGCAACGGCAGGAGGGGGUUUGACUCUGCUUGGCGGACCAGAAUUCGGUUUCGCAACCAUGGAGCACAGUAUUGUAAUGGUCCGGAUGUCAGACCAUGAGAUCAUCGACUGGUCUCAGGAUUUGAGAUGCGAGAUGACUAGCAUCAGGCUGUCUAGUGACGGCAAGAGAGCAUUGGUCAGCUGCAGUCCCGACGAAAUACAAGAGUGGAGCAUUUAUCCCGGUCUCAAGUAUCUUCGCAGACAUACAGGUCACAUCCAAGGGAACUUCCUCAUUCGCAGCUGCUUUGGCGCUGUCAAAGAUCAGUUCGUGCUUAGCGGUAGUGAAGAUGGCCAUGUCUAUGUAUGGCAAGGGAAAGCCACGCAUCCUAUAGAGGUGCUUUCGGGACAUUCGGACGUUGUCAAUGCCGUAGCGUGGAACCCUGUUAGUACCAGAAAGAUAUUUGCCAGUUGUAGCGACGAUAAAACUGUGAGGAUCUGGCAGCCACCUACCAGUGCAGUUGACGUUCCGGCUGAGUCCGACUUGAGCGAAAAGGUCAAAGCCGAGAACGGUUUCACGGACAGUGCUGGAGAUGGGAUGGUUUUAUAACGUAGAGGAACAAAAGCCGCACAGAUGGCUGUAGUCCUUGUUAUCAUCACCCCUCAACAACAUCUGUUUGCCGCCAUUUUCUUCGGAUUAUAAUGAGUCUUUUCUCUGGACAGCAAAACACAAACUUUCAUAGUUUCACUUGAACUUCAUCGGCGCGUACUCCCUCCUAGCGGUACAGCCAAGCCGACAAUUCCGAUCUCUCAAUUCUGCAAGACUCCGAAUCCAUCCAAUCAGCUGUUUUCAAGUUCCGAGUUCAAAGCAAAUGAGUGCUAUCUCUGUGUAUAAGGUAGAAGGUUUGUACAUGCAUGUCUAUUUACUUACACGAUGUACGAGAAUACGCACGAAACGGCGUGAAGGGCGCUUUCCGCACUUGACCUUUUGUAGACUGUAGAGCGAAUGACCUUAUAGUUUUACAGCAUUCAA